CCAAAGGGAAAGCCCACCACUGCAUCUCAGUUCCGCUUGUGGCGAGUGUAAUUGAAGGUGCUGGGCUUCGAAUGGGAGUGAGGGCGCCUUUUAGCCUGCAGAAGGAAGUUUGUGUGUGGACAGGAUCAAACCCCCAUGAACCCCGCAUUUAACUUGAAAUAGAUGAAUAGCAGAAAGCUUUAACACCCAGUAAUGACGGCAAGUCUCCACGGCAGAAUUUGAGAAGUCUUUGAGGUUUGCAACGAUAACCGACGAUGUGAUGCUGUCAGAUAGAAACGAUGGUCGGAUGGCCCCCAGAUCUCUAUGUCGUUGUCUGCCCUCUUCCUCUUUGAUCAAGCUCACCGGAAAUUUUGACUGUAGUGCUGCUGAAGUGAAACAUAUCGCAGAACACGAUGAAGUGGCUUUCAAUCACUUUGGCUCUCGCCGGGCCUUCACAAGCGGCGCUUCGUUUUGGAUGCUCAACUCUUUCGAUUCAGCGUCUUGAUCCCCUUGUCGAGCCUGGCCGUCUUCCUUCGUCACACGUCCACCAAAUCGUCGGUGGGAAUGCCUUCAACGUCUCCAUGACAGGUGAUAUCGGGCAGCAAGGCAGCUGUACGACAUGCACAUUCAGCGAGGACUUUUCCAACUACUGGACGGCCGUCAUGUUCUUCAAGCACGCCAACGGCACCUACAAGCGUGUGCCCAUCAUGCAGAACGCUGCUCUGCCCAACGGUAUCAACGGUGGCAUGACCAUCUACUACACGCAACAGGAUUUUAACUCGAACGGCAACCAGAAGAUUACCGCCUUCAAGCCUGGCUUCCGUAUGACUGUCGGCUCUCCCACCACCAACAGUCUCAACGAUGCCAAGGGCCACGCUGGGCUACGAUUCGUUUGCCUGACUGACAAGAACACGCGCUUCCCCGAGCUGCCUAACUUCCCGACCAAGCCCUGCAAGGGCGGCAUCAUGACGGUCCACCACUUCCCGUCAUGCUGGGACGGCAAGAAUCUCGACUCGCCCGACCACCAGUCACACAUGUACAACACGGCCAAGGAGGCGUUCUCUCCAGCCGGCCCCUGCCCAGCAUCGCACCCGGUACGCAUGCCACAGGUGGCGUACGAGACGCUCUGGGACACCACCCAGUUCAACAACAUGUGGCCCAAGGACGGGUCGAACCCCUUCGUGCUGAGCUAUGGUGACAACAAGGGAUACGGAACCCACGCGGAUUACGUGUUCGGAUGGAAGGGAGACUCGCUCCAGAAGGCGAUGGAUUCGAGCUGCAUGUUCAACGCUUGUGAGAACGGCCGGCCGCUGAAGAGCCAGAAUGUGCAGGCGAUGAACAAGUGCGCCGUCAGGAACAUGGUGAAUGAGGAUCUGGAUUCUUGGCUCAAAGUGCUCCCCGGCCAGGCCAUGUGA